AUGGCGGCAAUUAGAACAUUUCGAGGUGGCGGGCGGAGUACGGCCCCGGAUUAUAGAGACGGAGAGCAGGUCAAAAAUUAGGAGAGUUGUAGUCUAGUUUUUCAUUGAAAUGUAGUUGAGCAUUGAUGUGAUUCACCAUAUAUUUACUUAUACUGUAUCAUAGUAGUACUAGAUCCUCCCGAUCUCUUCUUGAGUCCCUCUUCCUUUAGAAGGAAAAAUGUUAGAUUUACAGAUGAAUAGGGAGCCCAAGGCAAUGAUGGGAGGCUCACUGUCACAGGCGUCUGGAACAGGAUGAUGAAGAACUAAAUACUCAACUAAAUUUCUAAAAAUAGUCGAACCUCCCGACGGCGACUCAAGAAGGCGGAAGCUCUGGUUCGCAGGAUGGAGAAAAUGCUCUAAAAAAUCACGGCGCUGAAGGAGGAAAUCG